AUGGGAUGGGGAUUAAAGGACACACCUCCAGAGGUGUUUCCCUCUUCCAGCCAUUUCCAGGUGGCAAGUUUUACAGUGUCCUGCCCCACCUCAGUUGGAAAACUGGUGCUGAUAGAGCUUGACAAACAGCCGCUUGUGGUGUUUCCAGAGGAUGCUUGGUUCCCUGCCAAAGUCGAAGUCAAAUCACCCGAGGGAGUUACUUACAACUUCCCUAUCUACCGCUGGAUCACUGACUGCAAAGUGCACCACUUCAGAGAGGGAACAGCACUGAAAGGGUUUGAAGACAAUCAUCAUCUUGGCAGGUACAGCCGGGAAAAGGAGAUCAAGCAGCGUCAGAAGGAGUAUUGCUGGGAUGUGUAUGCAGAUGGAAUUCCUCACUGCAUAAAAGCAGAUGACCUAUUGUCUCUACCUCCUGAAGUCCGAUUCUCCUUUUCCAGGCAGACAGAGUUUCUGUUCAAUGCGGGGACAGGACUUGCAGAGCUGCAGUUGAAGGGGCUGGCUGAUAAUAAAAUGGAAUGGACGAAUCUUGAUGACAUCAGCAGAGUGUUUUGUUGCAAACAGACUGAAAUAUCCGACUAUGUCCAAGAGCACUGGAAGGAAGAUGCCUUUUUUGGCUACCAGUUUCUGAACGGGCUCAAUCCCAUGCUGAUCAGACGCUGUGACGUCCUGCCUGACAACUUUCCUGUCACUGACGCCAUGGUUUUCCCUGACUGUUGCUGCUGCUUGGUGGAAGAAAUGAAGAAAGGCAACAUUUUCCUUUGUGACUACAAGCAAUUAGACGGUGUGAAAACAAACAUCAUCAAUGGCAAGAAGCAGUACCUGGUGGCUCCACUCGUCUUGCUCCAUAAAACUGAUGAUAAACUCAUGCCUAUUGCUAUUCAGCUGAAGCAGAAACCAGCAGAAGACAACCCAAUCUUUCUGCCGUCAGAUUCUGAGUACGACUGGCUGCUGGCCAAGAUUUUUGUGAGAAGUGCAGAUUUCAGUGAGCAUCAGCUCAAUGUUCACCUGCUUCGCACUCACCUGCUGGCUGAGGCGUUUGCAGUGUCACUGUUGCGCAACAUGCCCAUGGUGCAUCCUCUCUACAAGCUUCUCAUACCUUACACCCGCUACACUAUGCAGAUCAACUUCUUAGCUCGGAAAACACUCAUAUCUGAGGAGGGUGUUUUCACCAAAUUUACAUCUUCUGGUGGAGAGGGUAUGAGCACAAUUCUAAAGAGA